ACCACUUGGACUAUAAAACACAACAAAUCAUAAACCAAGCAAAAGAGCCGUACCCUCCCAAUGAGUUCCUAUUUUGUAAACUCAACUUUCCCAGUGACUCUGCCCGGAGGACAGGAGUCGUUCUUGGGACAGAUACCGUUAUAUUCCUCCGGAUACACAGACCCUUUACGACACUAUCCCGGUGCUGCUUAUGGAGGUUCCAGUGUCCAAGAGAAGGCGUACCCAACCUCCUUUUACCAGCAAGCGAACGGUGCCUACGGCAGGGCAACCGCCGCCGGACCCUGCGAUUAUGCGACAGCAAGCUUCUACAGGGAAAAGGACCCAGCCUGCGCCCUCGCCAGCAUAGAGGAACACUCGUUCGUUCUCAGUCAGGAUCAUCGCAAGCAAGACUGCACGGGGUCGACGGGGAAAAGCAUCUACCCUGAGGCCGACGAACAGAAGCCGUCAGCACCAGUUUAUCCUUGGAUGCAACGGAUGAACUCUUGUAACGGGACCUUCGGUAACGCUGGCCGAAGGGGUCGUCAGACGUACACGCGCUACCAGACGUUAGAAUUGGAGAAAGAGUUCCACUUUAACAGGUAUCUGACCCGAAGACGCCGCAUCGAGAUCGCGCACGCACUGUGCCUGACAGAACGUCAGAUAAAGAUUUGGUUCCAAAACCGGAGAAUGAAAUGGAAAAAAGAGAACAAAUUGAUCAACUGUUCACAAACGAGUGGCGAAGAGGACGAGGAGAAGAGGACAGAAUGAAAUUUUAAACGAUAACCCCCCCCCAUCCCAAAAACACCAGACACCUCUGUAAUAAUACAAAUGAAGAUUUUCCAUCAUGUUAGCAACUGUAGCAUUCCUGUUAACUCAUAAUUGUAAUUUCUUUUCUGAUUUCUUUCUUUUUGUACAUGACGUUUAAAACGUGGUUUAGUGCGCUCUUACUCUGACUUUAGAUUUGCUCUUAUGACCGAAAUGUCCAUGUUGAACGAAGCUAUUUGAAAUUUGUGUCAUAUUCGUGUUUAUAUUUAAGCUGUGUAAAAAUAAAAUAAAUUCCCAUUGUACGGAAAA